CAGCGCUGGCGAGCCCGGCAGCUUCAGCUUCUCCUCUGCAACAUCUCUUUGGGUCUCUCUAUCUUCAACAGCACACACCGCUGCUCUCUUCCCAAUUCAUCUCAUCAUCAUUCCAACUCUACUUCCAUUUGUCCUGUUCAAUGUCGGCUCCGGUGAGCUCGUAUCACUGCUUAAUUCAUGCUCCUCACAUGUACGGAAGGAAAAGUUAGGAUCUUUACGGGUAACAUAGCUUCCGUGUGAGCAGGGUAUCCUUUACAUUCAUGGCGUUACACAGUUCAUUCGGCAGCUCGUCAACAUUCCCUGCUCAUCGUUCAUGCCCGAGACCGAAGUUUCGAAACCCGAAACACUCCUUUCUGAUUUACCCUUCGAUUUCUUGCCGAAUUCAGUCCCCAAAUUCCGGUGGUGAUGACGGCCCUCGUGAUUCGGAUGAUAGAGAGCAAUGCGAGAAACCUCCUUUUCUGAGCCUCCUGUCAGUGCCCAUAACGCUGACUGUCAUCGCCACUUCUCUGCCACAGCCUGCAAUGGCAGCUGCGAAGGUUUCGGAGAAAAAGCGGGCGGCAAAGAAGCCGCCCGAAGCUCUGACCCCUGAGCAGCUCAAAUCCUGGGUAAAGGGACUGCCUUCAGUUAGAGAUAGGAUUCCGUACACUGACAUAUUGGAGCUGAAGAAAGAAGGUAGGCUUAAGCAUGUGAUUAAGGCGGGAGGGGUUACUCUGAGGCAAAGGCCGCAGCCAGUUUUGGUGGUUUUGGAUGACUCGAGGGUGGAAAGAACGGUUUUGCCCUCAUUGGAAGGGAAUAGGAAGUUCUGGGAAAUGUGGGAUGAGCUGAAAAUAGAGUCUUCGUGUGUGAAUGCUUACACUCCACCUGUUAAGAAGCCCGAUGUGCCCUCCCCGUACUUGGGGUUCUUGUGGGAAGUGCCUGGGUUUAUGCUGAGAUGGGUGAAGCCGAAAAAGGAGUCCAAACGGGCACUGGAGUUGAGGCGGAUGAGGGAGGAGUUCAAGCGGCAGAAGAAGGAGCAGCUCACAAGGAUGAGGGAGGAGAGGGAGAUGAUUGAAAAGGCAAUGAAGGUCCAGAAGAAGGAGGAGGAGAGGCGGAGGAAGCGAGAGAUCAAGAAGAAAAAGUAUGAGGAGUCAUUACGAGAGGCUAGGAAGAAUUACCAGUACAUGGCAAUUGUGUGGGCGAACUUAGCUCGGGACUCGAAUGUUGCAACUGCUUUAGGUUUAGUGUUCUUUGUCAUCUUUUACCGGACGGUGGUGUUUAGUUAUAGGAGGCAGCAGAAGGAUUAUGAAGAUAGGCUUAAGAUUGAGAAGGCAGAGGCAGAGGAGAGGAAGAAGAUGAAGGAGUUAGAGAGAGAGUUGGAAGGGAUUGACGGAAUUGAUGAAGAAGGUGAAGGAGUUGGAGCAGAGCAGAAUCCUUACAUGAAGAUGGCUAUGCAGUUUAUGAAGUCGGGGGCUCGGGUCAGGAGGGCCCAAAAUAAGAGGCUCCCUCAGUACUUGGAGAGGGGAAUCGAUGUGAAGUUUAGUGAUGUGGCAGGGCUUGGGAAAAUUAGGCUCGAGCUUGAGGAGAUAGUUAAGUUCUUUACUCAUGGAGAGAUGUACCGGAGGAGGGGAGUGAAGAUACCUGGUGGUAUACUUCUCUGUGGUCCCCCUGGUGUGGGUAAGACACUUCUCGCAAAAGCUGUGGCUGGUGAGGCUGGUGUGAACUUCUUUUCCAUUUCUGCCUCCCAGUUUGUAGAGAUAUACGUUGGUGUCGGCGCUUCUCGUGUCCGUGCACUUUACCAAGAAGCAAGGGAAAAUGCUCCUUCAGUUGUCUUCAUUGAUGAGUUGGAUGCUGUUGGAAGAGAGCGUGGUUUGAUCAAGGGAUCUGGUGGACAAGAACGUGAUGCUACUCUUAAUCAGCUGCUUGUAUGCCUGGAUGGGUUUGAAGGAAGAGGGGAAGUGAUUACCAUUGCUUCCACGAACAGGCCUGACAUCCUUGAUCCAGCACUUGUCAGACCAGGACGGUUUGAUAGGAAAAUUUUUAUCCCUAAACCCGGACUAAUAGGUCGAAUGGAGAUACUUCAGGUCCAUGCUCGAAAGAAGCCAAUGGCUGAGGAUGUUGACUACCUUGCUGUGGCUAGUAUGACUGACGGAAUGGUUGGGGCCGAGCUAGCAAAUAUUGUCGAAGUUGCAGCUAUCAACAUGAUGCGUGAUGGGAGGACUGAGAUUACAACUGAUGACCUGCUACAAGCUGCACAAAUAGAAGAAAGAGGAAUGCUGGAUCGAAAGGACAGGAGCCCUGACACAUGGAAGCAAGUGGCUAUUAAUGAGGCUGCAAUGGCCGUUGUAGCAGUUAACUUUCCGGACCUAAAAAAUGUCGAGUUUGUCACCAUUGCUCCCCGAGCUGGUAGGGAGUUGGGAUAUGUUAGGAUGAAAAUGGACCAUAUGAAGUUCAAAGAAGGAAUGCUGAGUCGGCAAUCUUUGUUGGAUCAUAUCACUGUCCAACUGGCACCACGCGCUGCCGAUGAGCUAUGGUAUGGCGAGGGUCAGUUGAGCACGAUAUGGGCGGAAACAGCAGAUAAUGCCAGGUCAGCUGCAAGAACCUUUGUCCUCGGUGGGCUUUCUGAUAAGCAUUAUGGGUUAUGGAACCAUUGGGUCUCUGAUCGAAUUGAUGAAAUAGACUUGGAGGCUCUGAGGAUCAUGAAUGCGUGUUAUGAUCGUGCUAAAGAGAUCCUGCAGCAAAAUCGAGAGCUCAUGGAUGCAGCGGUGGAAGAACUGGUGCAUAAGAAGAGCUUGAGCAAGCAAGAAUUCUUCCACCUGGUCGAGUUGCACGGAAACCUCAAACCGCUGGCACCUUCCAUACUCGAGCUCCGAGCAGCCAAGCGGGCACAGUUCGAGGAGACCAUGAUGAAGGUGAAGAAUCAAGAAGAAACUGUCAUCGGAAAAACCUCAUAAACUAGCAAACUACAGAGUUAGCGUCAACUUCAAUUUGCCUCGGAGCAAGGAUUUGCCACCUUGACAUGGUCGGAUCGGUCUUUUCUUUUGGCGAAGGAAGUUUGACGGUGGUCUUUUCUUUUAGUGAAGGAAGUUUGACGGCGGAUACGAUCUGGACCACAGAGAGAGAGCUGCUGGCGGGCAAGGUGUUAACAUAGAUCAGAAGUGCUUUUCAUGCUUCAGAAGGCUAAAUUUAAAUUUGAUUCUUGGAGGUUUCCUGUUCCAAGUAAGCCAAUUACCUGAGUUAGUUCCGGCUGCUUUAUAAAAGAUGAGGUUUAUCGGUAUCAACCGACCAUCUGAGUUGCAUGGACUUACAACUGAUAGAGAGAACUUUGGUUCGGAAUACAUCGAGAAUUCUUUUAUUGAUCA